UCACUCUCCAGUCUCCUCCUUGUUUGAGCAACAUAACGGCGACUCCUAUCCCAGAAGCUUGCCGUAGGCCGUAAGCCAGAAGAAUCGAUCGGUGACUGAUCGGCUUUUGUUGGGCGGACACCAUGGCGCAUGGUGGCUAUGGCAAACGCAGGGUCAAGCCCGCGGGUCGCCGAUCCAAGGGCUUGGGCAUAGCUAAGAAGCCCAAGUCUGUUUCUCUCAAAAAUCAGAUUCGAUCUAUCGAGCGCAUGCUCCGGAAGGAUUUAACACCUGAUGUCCGGGAGGCCCAGGAAAAGAAGUUAGAAGAACUCAAGAAACAGCAGGAUAUCCAUUCUCGUCUUGCUGUUGAACGCAAAAUUUUCUUGCGGGACAGGAAGAUAAAAUUUUUCGAGAGAAGAAAGGUAGAAAGAAGAAUAAGACGUCUAGAGAAACUGCAACGUGCUUCAUCUGGCCAGGAACAUGAUACAAAAGCUGCAGAGCAGCUUUCUAAAUUGAAAGAAGAUCUUGAAUAUGUUAGGUUCUUUCCCAAGACAGAGAAAUAUGUAUCUUUAUUUACUGGAGGUGAUGACUCAGACAUAGUUGAUAGGAGAAAUAAAUUGCGCAAGCAGAUCAAAGCUAACUUAGUUGCUGCUGCAGCUAGUGGGAAGGAUUUGGAAGAGACAGGGAGUGAGGAUGAUGGGCUUAUGGAUCUAAGUGAAGAUGAUUUCUUCCUUACUGGUAGUUCAAGUGAUGAAGCAGAUGCAGAUGAUGAAUGGACAGAUAAGAGUACAAGGGAACAAGCUUCUAGUGCUUCUGGCAAAGCAGCGUCUGGCAUGUCCAGUGAUGAAAGAAAUCAGAAGCAGAUUUCUGCUAGAGCCUUAAUGCCUCCACCCCGCCCAGCCAUCACUACAGCCCCAAGUUCUGGUCGUUCUCAAUCAAGGUUUGGGCCAUCAUCAAGCAAAAAUAAAUCAAUACAGAGAACUGAAAUGUCAACAUCCAGCAAUACAUCGACUAGUAGAAGUGGUUCUGACUUCAAAUUAAGGGGUUCCUCAAAUUCAAGGACAGGUCACAGUAGCAAUCUAAGUUCCAACUCUGAUGCUCAUAAACCCAGAAGAAAAAGAAGGCCAAAGAAGAAAAAGCAGCAGGCAUGAAUUUGAGGGACUUGCUGCUGACCAAUUGAACCAGUUUGUGAGAUAUUAAUGCGAGACUCCUGCAGCUCAGUGUUUUAACCAUUAAUUAUUUCUUUUUUUUUUUUCCCCAUAAAUAGGUUAAGAAUCUGUGCUUUAUUGUUCUCUGUAAUGACUAGGUCGACUUUUCUUAGUCGACGCCAGGUUGAUUGAUAAGUCAUUUUCAUCGUAAUUGUAGAUGGUCACAAAGCAAAGUCCCCUAGGCAACACCCCUGGAAAAUGGGGAAGUGGUAUUGUUUUGCUAGUGUGAAA